AUGAGCAUUGCCGAACGUCUCACAACCACUAGCGGUAAUGGUUCCGCUCGUAUUCGCAUUCUCUCACGUGGAGAGUCGGCCAGUUACCUUUCUGUUGGAACAACCAAUCUUCUGAACCUGCAACAAACAACUUUAAGUAGUAGACGUCAAUCAAAGAUUUUAUUUACUCCAAUAACAGUCCACAGACCUUCUAGACAUUCUUUACUUGAAGCUAAAAGGAGCGGGGAAAAUAUUGAAAGAAUUCAACAAAAUUUGGAACAUAGGCGGCAUAGCAAUGAGGAAAAAAUUAUUAAAAAUGGGGAAGAGAGGAAUAUUUUAAUUUUAAAGGAAGAAGAAUGUUGUGAAUAUAAAUUUGAAGAUGGAGAUUUGGAAAUUUAA